CGGGGCGUGGCGGGCGUGGGUGUUGCCGGGGGUGUGUCCCUGAGCAGCGGCCUUGGGGUGCCUGCAGCCUGGCAAGGAGAGCGUGCGCCCCUCGCGUGACAUGCGGGGGGUGGCCAGUAUGGGGUCCUGCGAACCCCGGGCCCUCCUGGGGCGCGGCGUGCUCUGCACAAAGCCCUGGCCUGGCGGAGGUCCGGCGGGGACUACAGCUGUUCCCGGGCGUCCCGCCCGGGGAAGGCCGCGCUCCAGGAACAGCCUGGCUUCCCAGGGCAGGCAAGGAGCAGUGACCUCGGGGCCUGCGCACAAAGCUCUGCUUUCCAGAGAUACCAACUUCCUCCAGGAGAUAAACCGCAAAGAGGAAGCUGCCCCUACAGGGACUAAACUUAAAGCCAAGUCUCAGGGCUUGGUGACAUUUGGGGAUGUGGCUGUAGUUUUCUCCCAGGAGGAGUGGGAAUGGCUCACCUCUGAGCAGAGGAGUCUGUACUGGAAGGUGAUGCUGGACAACUACAGGAACCUGGCAUCCCUGGGACUUUGUGCUUCUAAGCCAGAUAUGAUUGCCUUGCUGGAACAAGGCACGGGCCCCUGGAUGAUGGGAAGAGGCCGGUGCACAGACUUGAAGGCUGUGCAGGAGACCAAGGAGCUCCCUCCAAAGGACUUAAGUGAAGAAACAUCCCAGGCAGUGCUAAGAAGACGGCUCCUGCACCGUAGACCCACGUGCUACAUGUCAGGGGCAUCCUGGGAUGGAGGUGCUGGGUUCAAGGCACAGAGGGGCUCAAAGACCAACUCGGAUAUGGCUAGAGAUAGUCCUCCAGAGCUUGUGUCAGCUCAGAAGAAUUUCCGUAAGAAUGCGACAUGGGAGAACCGUGAUGACCUGGGGCUCUUAGGCCAGCAGUCUGUACAGGAAGCCCAGGAUUCGCUUCCAAGGCAGGACUCACAUGCUGGAAGGGUAACAGGCAGCACUUGGAGCACUGAACGUGCGUGCUCCGCCUUCAGAGGAGAUCAGGAUUCUGAGUGUGUGUUUGAAAGGAAUGGGCAGGACACAGCAUUUGAGAGCCAGAACAGAGCCUUCUCAGAGGGGAGAGAUGGUGUGUGUCUCAACUCUGGAAGAUGGUUUCAUUUGAACAGUUCAGAAGAGAGAAGUCAUAAUUGUGACUCAGGUAAAACUUCCCUCCCAAACCCAACAGUCAUAAAAGAAACCAGAAUCUAUUCAGGAAAAAAACUUUUCAAAUGUAAUGAAUGUAAGAAAACUUUCACCCAGAGCUCAUCCCUUACUGUUCACCAGAGAAUCCAUACUGGAGAGAAGCCCUAUAAAUGCAAUGAGUGUGGGAAGGCCUUCAGUGAUGGUUCCUCCUUUGCACGACACCAGAGGUGCCAUACAGGCAAGAAGCCGUAUGAGUGCCUGGAGUGUGGCAAAGCUUUCAUUCAGAACACCUCGCUAGUCCGUCACUGGAGGUACUAUCACACUGGGGAGAAACCCUUCGACUGCAUUGACUGUGGGAAAGCCUUCAGUGACCACAUAGGACUCAAUCAACACAGGCGGAUUCACACCGGAGAGAAACCGUACACGUGUGACGUGUGCCACAAGUCCUUUAGGUAUGGCUCAUCCCUCACUGUGCACCAAAGGAUUCAUACUGGAGAGAAACCGUAUGAGUGUGAGAUUUGCAGAAAAGCCUUCAGCCACCACGCAUCCCUCACUCAGCAUCAGAGAGUGCAUUCUGGAGAAAAGCCUUUUAAAUGUAAAGAGUGUGGGAAAGCAUUUAGGCAGAAUAUACAUCUUGCUAGUCAUUUGAGGAUCCAUACCGGGGAGAAGCCCUUUGAGUGUGGGGAUUGUGGGAAGUCUUUCAGCAUCAGCUCUCAGCUUGCCACACAUCAGAGAAUUCAUACAGGAGAGAAGCCUUAUGAAUGUAAGGUUUGUAAUAAAGCAUUUACUCAGAAGGCUCACCUUGCACAACAUCAGAAGACUCAUACCGGGGAGAAGCCAUAUGAGUGUAAGGAAUGUGGCAAGGCCUUCAGCCAGACCACUCACCUCAUUCAACAUCAGAGGGUUCAUACCGGAGAGAAGCCCUAUAAAUGCCUAGAAUGUGGGAAGGCGUUUGGUGACAACUCAUCUUGUACUCAACAUCAGAGACUUCACACUGGCCAGAGACCUUAUGAGUGUGUGGAAUGUGGGAAGGCAUUCAAGACCAAGUCGUCCCUUAUCUGUCAUCGUAGAUGUCACACAGGAGAGAAACCUUAUGAGUGCAGUGCAUGUGGCAAAGCCUUUAGCCAUCGUCAGUCCCUUAGUGUACAUCAGAGAAUUCAUUCUGGGAAGAAGCCGUAUGAAUGUAAGGAGUGUAGGAAAACCUUCAUUCAGAUUGGACACCUCAACCAACAUAAGAGAGUCCAUGCCGGAGAGAGAGCGUAUAACUGCAGGAAGGGCAGGAGGGCCUUCAGGCAGAUUGCACGUUUCACCCACCAUCAGCGGAUUCAUUCUGAAUCGCCAGCUCACCCUACUUUGCCUUCCACAUCGAGUCCUGUGGAUCUCUUCUCCAAGUUCGUCUGGAAUCCAUCCUCACUGUCAUCGUCAUAGUCUUAAAACCUCACCAUUUCCACCACAACUCGUCUCACUGCCCCUUUGUUCAUUUUUGUUGCUUAAAAGCCCUUUAUGUUACAACCAUGUUGGGUUAUUUUUGGAGUGUAAAUGUAAUUAAU